CACAGUUUAAAAAAGGCUAGAAGGACCACCGAUAAAUUACAUAGUGUAACCAGUACUCUUCUUUAGCCCUUAAUAAUGACUAUCCGCCAUCUUGUCAACCCUUCUCGCCCUAUUCUCAAGCCCUUACUAUCUAUUCAAAUACAACACCGAUUAAUAUCCCAAUCACCUAUCAUCAUGGCAUCUCGUAUAUCCGAGGCAAUCAAGACCGACCACCGCGAGAUUGAAGACUACUACAACAAGAUCCUAAACUCUGCUACCGAGACUGAGAAAACUAAAUGGCAGAACCAAUUUACUUGGGAACUGGCCCGUCAUUCAAUUGCUGAGGAGCUGGUCGUCUAUCCCCAGUUCGAGAAGUCACUUCCUGACGGGCUGGCUAUGGCGGAUAAGGACCGUAAAGAGCAUCAAUCUGUCAAAGAACAACUGAAGAAAUUCCAAAACAUGAAGCCCACAGACCCGGCAUUCGAGUCUACUGUCCGGGCUCUGAUGAAGGAUCUGUCCGAGCACAUCAAGGAAGAAGAGAGUCAAGAUCUACCGAAGCUGGAGGACGCCGUGUCGGUAGAGGAAAGCGAGAAGCUUGCAAAGUCCUUUGGAAGGACGAAGAUGUUUGUGCCGUCGCGGUCUCAUCCUAGUGCGCCUGAUAAGCCGCCUUUCGAGACGGCGAUUGGAUUGUUGACGGCUCCCAUUGAUCAUCUGGCGGAUUUGUUCCGGAAGUGGCCGCAUACCGAGGGGAUGCCGAAUCCUUCUACUAAGUGAUGUAUCUAUUUUAUUUAUUGUAUGCUUGGGACGUGGAAAUUACCUUUGAGGUUGAUGGUGUUUGAUUAUGUUGGGUACAUUUGGGAGGGAUGGCAAGACUGACUCACAUGCAAAGUGCAUACUAUUGUGUAACUCACCUGGUCUAUAUGAUUAUGUUAUGUGCUAUAUAUUGCAAUUCUUUUCUAGCACACUCAGUGAAAUAAUGAAAAUGUAAUGCGCAC